AUGUAUGAUCAUGACCGUGAGAAAGAGAAUUAUUGUAGAAGAUGGCAAGGACAGUGUCUAAUUAGAAAGAAUCGUAAUUUUCUACAAAAUAAACUUUGCUCAUCAAUACAAACCUGCUUUCAAAUCAAAUCAGAUAUCCUCGGAGUUAUGUUUGGAACGGCAGCUUUUAGACUUAAAUGUUUUUAUUUUACUUAAUCUUCCCCACCCCAUUUCCAGAUAUUGAGUUUUCAAGGAGUCUUUCUAAGAUUUUUAUGGCAGCCUGGCCAGGGGGUCUAAGUCAAAGUUGUUUCAUCCAUGUGUCUGAGAAAAUGAUCUCUUAAAGCCACAGCUUUGAUUUCUGCAGCUUCAUGCCGUCCUAAACUACACCCCCCAGCAAUUAGUGACAAUACGGAAGACCAGAAAGGCAAGCUGACGACACCCGACUUCGCUUGAAGGGCAAACAGGAACUGUGAGCUUGCCAAACACCAUGUCAGUGGCAACAGAACGGUUGAACCUUUCCCAGAGGGAACACAGAUGGCUGUAUUUGGAAUGGGCUGCUUCUGGGGAGCUGAGCGCAAGUUCUGGCUUUUGAAAGGCGUGUAUUCAACCCAAGUGGGUUUUGCAGGAGGCUACACACGCAAUCCCACCUACAAAGAGGUCUGCUCAGAAAAAACCGGCCAUGCAGAAGUCGUCCGGGUUGUGUACCGGCCAGAGCGCAUCAGCUUUGAGGAACUGCUCAAGGUCUUCUGGGAGAAUCACGACCCGACCCAAGGCAUGCGCCAAGGCAAUGACUACGGCACCCAGUACCGAUCGGCGGUCUACCCUACCUCCGCUGCACAGAUGGAAGCAGCCCUGAGAUCCAAAGAGGAAUACCAGAAGGUUCUUUCGAAGCAUGGCUUUGGCCCCAUCACCACCGACAUCCGAGAGGGACAAAUGUUCUACUAUGCUGAAGACUACCACCAGCAAUACCUAAGCAAGAACCCAGAUGGCUACUGUGGCCUUGGGGGCACCGGGGUUUCCUGCCCAAUGGGCAUUAAAAAAUAAUUUCUCUCCAUGAAGUUGGCCCUGGAGGUUCCAGCAAAACCGUGGUUGCUGGAUGGGAGAGGGCAGCAGCACUGCUGUGAUUCACGCCGGCCACCUCCUGAAGAGCACACACCACACGGGCAUUUACACGAAUCUGGGUGUAAUUGGGGUUUGAUUUGCAGGAAGCAUUAUGACAAGCUGGUACGACGUGAUCUGUCUUCUGAUCAGUCCAGGUGGGGGGUAGCUGGCAACAUUUCAGUGGGUCCUUUGGGAUCUAAGUGGAGAUAAUGAAUGCCCUGUGUCCACCUGCCCAGGCUAGAAGAGAUGUUGAAGGUUCUGAAACAGGGAGACGGCAGGAGAACACAGGGUAUUGGGACUCCAUGGUCUGUGCUGACAUACCUCAGCCCCUCCCCUGCCCUCAGAUGCCCAAUUCAUUAAUGUCUACAGGCUCCAUGAAUCAUUUGCCGAAACGCUCUGCUCUGCUGACUCUAGGCAUGUGUGAAGGGUUUCUCUCCCUCCUCCAUUCCUCUCUGUGCAGAGGAAAGACAUGAGUGACCUUUAUGAAUUCUAACAUUCUGCUUACAGCUAUGAAAAAGAUUGUUCUAAUAAAAAUCUACGGUUCAGUAACAGCA